AUGGCUCAUGCAGCCUCUCAAUUAAAGAAAAACAGGGAUUUAGAAAUCAAUGCUGAAGAAGAGACUGAGAAAAAAAGGAAACAUCGCAAACGGUCCCGGGAUCGGAAGAAAAAGUCUGAUGCCAACGCAAGUUACUUGAGAGCAGCCCGAGCAGGGCACUUGGAGAAGGCCCUUGACUACAUAAAAAAUGGAGUCGACAUCAACAUUUGCAACCAGAAUGGGCUUAAUGCUCUUCACCUUGCUUCCAAAGAAGGCCAUGUAGAAGUUGUUUCUGAAUUACUACAGAGAGAGGCCAAUGUGGAUGCAGCUACAAAGAAAGGAAACACCGCGUUACACAUAGCAUCAUUGGCAGGACAAGCAGAAGUAGUAAAGGUCUUGGUUACAAAUGGAGCCAAUGUCAACGCUCAAUCUCAGAAUGGUUUCACGCCACUGUAUAUGGCAGCCCAGGAAAACCACCUGGAAGUGGUCAAGUUCCUUCUUGACAAUGGUGCAAGCCAAAGCCUGGCCACAGAGGAUGGCUUUACCCCCUUGGCAGUAGCUUUGCAGCAAGGUCAUGAUCAAGUCGUCUCACUCUUGCUCGAAAAUGACACAAAAGGGAAAGUGCGCCUCCCAGCUCUUCACAUCGCUGCCCGAAAAGAUGACACCAAAGCAGCUGCCCUGCUACUGCAGAAUGACAACAACGCGGAUGUGGAAUCGAAGAGUGGCUUCACUCCGCUCCAUAUAGCUGCUCACUAUGGAAAUAUCAAUGUAGCCACGUUGCUGUUAAACCGAGCAGCUGCUGUGGAUUUCACGGCCAGGAAUGACAUCACUCCUUUGCAUGUUGCAUCAAAAAGAGGAAAUGCCAAUAUGGUGAAACUGUUGCUUGAUCGGGGAGCUAAAAUUGACGCCAAAACAAGGGAUGGCCUGACACCGCUGCACUGUGGAGCAAGGAGCGGACAUGAGCAGGUGGUGGAGAUGCUGCUUGAUCGAGCUGCCCCCAUUCUUUCAAAAACAAAGAAUGGGCUGUCUCCAUUGCACAUGGCCACGCAAGGGGAUCAUCUAAACUGCGUCCAGCUGCUGCUCCAGCAUAACGUGCCUGUGGACGACGUCACCAACGACUACCUGACAGCCCUGCACGUGGCCGCCCACUGUGGCCAUUACAAAGUCGCCAAGGUUCUCUUAGACAAGAAAGCUAACCCCAAUGCCAAAGCCUUGAAUGGCUUCACCCCUCUUCAUAUUGCCUGCAAGAAGAAUCGAACUAAAGUAAUGGAACUCCUUCUGAAACACGGUGCAUCUAUCCAAGCCGUAACCGAGUCGGGCCUUACCCCUAUCCAUGUUGCUGCCUUUAUGGGGCAUGUAAAUAUUGUAUCACAACUAAUGCAUCAUGGAGCCUCACCAAACACCACCAACGUGAGAGGAGAAACAGCUCUGCACAUGGCAGCUCGAUCAGGCCAAGCUGAAGUUGUGCGGUAUCUGGUCCAAGACGGGGCGCAGGUCGAAGCUAAAGCUAAGGAUGACCAAACGCCACUCCACAUUUCCGCCAGACUGGGCAAGGCGGACAUAGUCCAGCAGCUGCUCCAGCAAGGAGCAUCUCCAAACGCAGCCACGACGUCAGGCUACACCCCGCUCCACCUUGCAGCCCGAGAGGGACACGAAGACGUUGCUUCAUUUCUUUUGGAUCAUGGCGCAUCUCUUUCUAUAACAACAAAGAAAGGAUUUACUCCCCUUCAUGUGGCAGCAAAAUAUGGGAAACUUGAAGUAGCCAAUCUCCUGCUACAGAAAAGUGCAUCCCCUGAUGCUGCAGGGAAGAGCGGGCUAACUCCACUGCAUGUAGCUACACACUACGAUAAUCAGAAAGUGGCGCUUCUGCUUUUGGACCAAGGAGCCUCACCUCACGCAGCUGCAAAGAAUGGUUAUACACCACUGCACAUCGCAGCAAAGAAGAACCAGAUGGACAUUGCAACCACCCUGCUGGAAUAUGGUGCUGAUGCAAACGCAGUUACCCGGCAAGGAAUUGCUUCUGUCCAUCUCGCAGCUCAGGAAGGCCACGUGGACAUGGUGUCAUUGCUCCUCAGCAGAAACGCUAAUGUGAACUUGAGCAAUAAGAGCGGUCUGACCCCACUUCAUUUGGCUGCUCAAGAAGACAGAGUGAAUGUGGCUGAAGUGCUUGUCAACCAAGGGGCACACGUGGAUGCACAGACAAAGAUGGGAUAUACACCGUUACAUGUGGGCUGCCACUAUGGAAAUAUCAAGAUAGUUAAUUUCCUGCUCCAGCAUUCUGCGAAAGUUAAUGCCAAAACAAAGAAUGGAUACACGCCGUUGCAUCAAGCAGCACAACAGGGACACACGCAUAUAAUCAACGUGUUGCUUCAGAACAACGCCUCCCCUAAUGAACUCACUGUGAAUGGAAACACUGCCCUGGCCAUUGCCCGGCGCCUUGGCUACAUCUCAGUGGUAGACACCCUAAAGGUUGUGACUGAGGAGACCAUCAUAACGAACACUGUCACAGAGAAACACAAAAUGAAUGUUCCAGAAACAAUGAAUGAAGUUCUUGAUAUGUCUGAUGAUGAAGUUCGUAAAGCCAAUGCCCCUGAAAUGCUCAGUGAUGGCGAAUAUAUCUCAGAUGUUGAAGAAGGUGAAGAUGCAAUGACAGGGGACACGGACAAGUAUCUGGGGCCUCAGGACCUUAAGGAGCUGGGUGAUGACUCCCUGCCUGCGGAGGGCUACAUGGGCUUCAGUCUUGGAGCCCGGUCUGCCAGCCUCCGCUCCUUCAGUUCGGAUAGGUCUUACACUUUGAACAGAAGCUCCUAUGCUCGGGACAGCAUGAUGAUUGAAGAACUCCUUGUACCAUCCAAAGAACAGCAUCUAACAUUCACAAGAGAAUUUGAUUCAGAUUCUCUUAGACAUUACAGCUGGGCUGCAGACACUUUGGACAAUGUCAAUCUUGUCUCAAGCCCUGUUCACUCUGGGUUUCUGGUUAGCUUCAUGGUGGACGCACGAGGCGGCUCCAUGAGAGGAAGCCGGCACCAUGGGAUGAGAAUCAUCAUCCCACCACGCAAGUGCACAGCCCCCACCCGCAUCACCUGCCGUUUGGUAAAGAGACAUAAACUGGCCAACCCACCCCCCAUGGUGGAAGGAGAGGGAUUAGCCAGUAGGCUGGUAGAGAUGGGCCCUGCAGGGGCACAAUUUUUAGGCCCUGUAAUAGUGGAAAUCCCUCACUUUGGGUCAAUGAGAGGAAAAGAGCGAGAACUCAUUGUUCUUCGAAGUGAAAAUGGUGAAACGUGGAAGGAGCACCAAUUUGACAGUAAAAAUGAAGACUUGACCGAAUUACUUAACGGAAUGGAUGAAGAACUUGAUAGCCCAGAGGAGCUAGGGAAAAAGCGUAUCUGCCGGAUUAUUACUAAGGAUUUCCCCCAGUACUUUGCAGUGGUUUCACGGAUUAAGCAGGAAAGCAACCAGAUUGGUCCUGAAGGUGGCAUUCUGAGCAGUACCACGGUGCCCCUCGUACAGGCUUCUUUUCCAGAGGGUGCCUUAACCAAACGAAUUCGAGUGGGCCUCCAGGCUCAACCUGUUCCAGAUGAAAUUGUGAAAAAGAUUCUUGGAAAUAAAGCAACGUUUAGCCCAAUUGUUACUGUGGAACCAAGAAGAAGGAAAUUUCAUAAACCAAUCACAAUGACCAUUCCAGUGCCCCCACCUUCAGGAGAAGGCGUAUCCAAUGGGUACAAGGGGGACACCACGCCUAAUCUGCGCCUUCUCUGUAGCAUCACAGGAGGCACCUCACCUGCCCAAUGGGAAGACAUCACAGGAACUACACCUUUGACGUUUAUAAAGGAUUGUGUCUCCUUUACAACCAAUGUUUCAGCCAGGUUUUGGCUUGCCGACUGCCACCAAGUUUUAGAAACUGUGGGGUUAGCCACGCAACUGUACAGAGAAUUAAUAUGUGUCCCAUACAUGGCCAAGUUUGUUGUUUUUGCCAAAAUGAAUGACCCUGUGGAAUCUUCUUUGCGGUGUUUCUGUAUGACAGAUGACAAAGUGGACAAGACUUUAGAGCAACAAGAGAAUUUUGAGGAAGUUGCAAGAAGCAAAGAUAUUGAGGUUCUUGAAGGGAAACCUAUUUAUGUUGACUGUUACGGAAAUCUGGCCCCACUUACCAAAGGAGGACAACAACUUGUUUUUAACUUUUAUUCUUUUAAAGAAAAUAGACUGCCAUUUUCCAUCAAAAUUAGAGACACCAGCCAAGAGCCCUGUGGUCGGCUAUCUUUUCUGAAAGAACCAAAGAUGACAAAAGGAUUGCCUCAGACAGCUGUGUGCAACUUAAACAUCACCUUGCCAGCACAUAAAAAGGAGACAGAGUCAGAUCAAGAUGAUGAGACCGAGAAAGCAGAUAGACGCCAGAGUUUUGCAUCUUUAGCUUUACGUAAGCGCUACAGCUAUUUGACCGAACCUGGAAUGAUUGAACGGAGUACAGGAGCAACAAGAUCCCUCCCCACCUCUUACUCAUACAAGCCAUUCUUUUCUACAAGACCAUACCAGUCCUGGACCACAGCUUCGAUUACAGUGCCUGGGCCGGUCAAGUCAGGCUUCACUUCCUUAUCAAGUUCUUCCUCUAAUACGCCAUCAGCUUCUCCGUUAAAAUCAAUAUGGUCUGUUUCGACUCCUUCUCCAAUCAAAUCCACGUUAGGCGCCUCAACUACAUCGUCAGUUAAAUCCAUUAGUGAUGUGGCAUCUCCAAUUAGAUCCUUUCGGACAAUUUCUUCACCGAUAAAAACAGUGGUGUCACAAUCGCCAUACAAUCUCCAAGUUUCCUCUGGUUCCCUGGCUAGAGCUCCCACAGUCACAGAGGCUACACCUUUAAAAGGGCUGGCAUCCAAUUCUACGUUUGCUUCUCGAACCUCUCCAGUGACUACAGCGGGGUCUCUUUUGGAGAGGUCAUCAAUUACUAUGACACCCCCUGCGUCCCCCAAGUCAAACAUUAACAUGUAUUCUUCAAGUUUGCCAUUUAAGUCGAUUAUCACAUCAGCAGCACCACUAAUGUCGUCACCUUUAAAGUCAGUGGUCUCUCCAGCUAAAUCAGCAGCUGAUGUCAUUUCUUCAGCUAAAGUCACCAUGGCAUCUUCUCUUUCCUCUCCCGUGAAACAGAUGCCAGGACAUGCAGAAGUGGCAUUAGUCAAUGGAUCCAUUUCCCCUCUCAAGUAUCCAUCCUCUUCAACGUUAAUCAACGGAUGCAAAGCCACUGCCACGUUACAAGAAAAAAUUUCUACAGCUACAAACUCUGUGAGCUCUGUGGUCAGUGCAGCCACUGACACAGCUGAGAAAGUGUUUUCUACCACCACCACCACCACAAUGCCAUUUUCCCCUCUCAGGUCAUAUGUUUCUUCAGCACCAUCAGCUUUUCAGUCUCUAAGAACUCCUUCCGCAAGUGCACUCUAUACAUCCCUCGGGUCGUCAAUAGCUGCAACUACCUCAUCUGUAACGUCAUCAAUAAUAACAGUGCCAGUAUACUCUGUAGUCAAUGUUUUGCCAGAACCAGCAUUAAAAAAACUCCCAGACUCUAAUUCACUUACAAAAUCAGCAGCAGCCUUGCUGUCGCCCAUUAAAACAUUGACUACGGAGACACGCCCUCAGCCCCAUUUCAAUCGAACUUCAUCUCCAAUUAAGUCAUCUUUGUUCCUUACACCUUCUGCCCUUAAGUUGUCUACACCAUCUUCUUUAUCUUCCAGUCAGGAGAUACUAAAAGACGUGGCUGAGAUGAAAGAAGACCUAAUGCGGAUGACAGCAAUACUGCAGACAGAUGUGCCUGAAGAGAAGCCAUUCCAAACUGAACCCCCAAAAGAAGGCAGAAUUGAUGAUGAAGAACCUUUCAAAAUUGUUGAGAAAGUAAAGGAAGAUUUAGUGAAAGUCAGUGAAAUCCUUAAAAAGGAUGUGUGUGUAGAUAAUAAAGGGCCACCCAAAUCACCAAAGAGUGACAAAGGACACUCUCCUGAAGACGACUGGACAGAAUUUAGCUCGGAAGAAAUAAAAGAAGCAAGACAGGCUGCUGCAAGCCAUGCUCCGUCGCUGCCAGAAAGAGUGCAAGUAAGAGCCAAAGCCGCCUCUGAAAAGGAUUAUAACUUGACCAAGGUCAUUGAUUACCUAACAAACGAUAUCGGGAGUGGCUCGUUGACAAACUUAAAGUACAAGUUUGAGGAAGCAAAGAAGGAUGGCGAAGAGAGACAGAAAAGGAUAUUAAAACCAGCAAUUGCUUUGCAGGAACACAAACUCAAAAUGCCUCCAGCCUCCAUGAGGCCUUCCACCUCCGAGAAAGAAUUAUGUAAAAUGGCCGAUUCCUUCUUUGGAACAGAUACUAUUUUAGAGUCUCCAGAUGACUUUUCUCAACAUGACCAAGAUAAAAGUCCCUUGUCUGACAGUGGCUUUGAAACACGAAGCGAAAAAACACCUUCAGCCCCACAAAGCGCUGAAAGCACUGGUCCUAAACCACUUUUUCAUGAAGUUCCCAUUCCUCCUGUCAUUACAGAAACGAGAACUGAAGUGGUUCAUGUAAUCAGGAGCUAUGAGCCCUCAGCCGGUGAUGUUCCCCAGUCCCAACCAGAGGAGCCUGUAUCACCCAAACCGUCACCUACUUUCAUGGAACUAGAGCCAAAGCCCACCACUUCUAGUAUUAAAGAAAAAGUGAAAGCCUUUCAGAUGAAAGCCAGUAGUGAAGACGACGACCACAACCGAGUUUUGAGCAAAGGCAUGCGUGUUAAGGAAGAGACUCACAUAACCACAACCACCAGAACGGUUUAUCAUUCUCCACCAGGCAGUGAAGGUGCCUCUGAGAGAAUUGAAGAAACCAUGUCAGUCCAUGACAUCAUGAAGGCCUUUCAGUCCGGGCGGGAUCCUUCCAAAGAACUGGCAGGUCUGUUUGAACAUAAGUCUGCAGUGUCACCAGAUAUUCACAAGUCCGCUGCUGAAACCUCAGCUGAACACGCAGAGAACAGCCAAAUGAAACCCAAACUGGAGCGUAUUAUAGAAGUCCACAUCGAAAAAGGUAACCAAGCUGAGCCCACUGAAGUCAUUAUUAGAGAAACCAAAAAGCAUCCAGAGAAGGAAAUGUAUGUAUAUCAGAAAGACUUAUCCCGGGGAGAUAUUAACCUAAAAGAUUUUCUGCCAGAGAAGCAUGAUGCUUUCCCUUGUUCAGAGGAACAGGGCCAGCAAGAAGAAGAAGAACUUACUGCUGAAGAGUCCUUGCCUUCUUAUCUGGAAUCUUCCAGAGUAAACACUCCUGUGUCCCAAGAAGAAGAUAGUCGCCCUAGUUCUGCUCAACUCAUAUCUGAUGACUCUUAUAAAACAUUGAAGCUUUUGAGUCAACACUCAAUAGAAUACCAUGAUGAUGAGUUGUCAGAACUCAGAGGGGAGUCUUACAGGUUUGCUGAGAAAAUGCUUCUGUCAGAAAAGCUAGAUGUGUCUCAUUCUGAUACUGAGGAAUCUGUUACAGACCAUGCAGGACCCCCUAGUUCAGAGUUACAGGCGUCUGAUAAGCGGCCCAGAGAAAAAGUAGCCACUGCCCCCAAAAAAGAAAUUCUCUCCAAAAUCUAUAAAGAUGUGUCUGAAAAUGGUGUAGGGAAAGUGUCUAAAGAUGAGCAUUUUGAUAAAGUGACAGUGUUGCACUAUUCUGGUGAUGUUAGUAGUCCAAAACAUGCCAUGUGGAUGCGCUUUACUGAGGACAGAUUAGACAGAGGUAGAGAGAAGUUGCUAUAUGAAGAUAGGGUGGACAGGACUGUGAAGGAGGCUGAAGAAAAACUGACUGAAGUGUCACAGUUUUUUCGUGACAAAACUGAAAAGUUAAAUGAUGAACUGCAGUCCCCAGAGAAAAAGCAGCGCCCCAGAAAUGGCAAAGAACACUCUUCUCAAAGCUCUACCAGUAGCAGCCCUGAGAAAGCACUGCUGAUGGAACUGUUGGCGUCCAAUGAUGAGUGGGUUAAGGCAAGGCAACACGGCCCUGAUGGACAAGGCUUGCACAAAGAUGAAGAGAAGAGAGCAUCCAGUCUGCCCAGCAGCCCGGAGAAGAAGGUCCUUUCUCAACAGACUGAGGAUGGCAAGUCCGCAGCGGAAGCCAAAGGAAGCAUUUCACAGAGCAGAGCAUUGGAAGGUCCUCAGGCUGGGUUUCAGCUCAAACAAUCUAAACUCAGUUCCAUUAGAUUAAAAUUUGAACAAGGUAUUCAUGCAAAAAACAAGGACGUGCCUCAAGAAGACAAAAAAACAGAUGGCCAAUCCAGAAUCCCAGUUAAAAAAAUACAGGAGAGCAAGCUGCCUGUCUACCAAGUUUUUGCUAGAGAAAAGCAGCAGAAGGCCAUAGACCUCUCAGAUGAAAGUGUAUCUUUGCAAAAAGAUUUUAUGGUAUUAAAAACUAAAGAUGAGCGUGUCCAAAGCAAUGAAAUUGUUGUAAAUGAUUCUGGCUCUGAUGAUAUGAAAAAACAGAGAACUGAAAUGUCAAGUAAUACAAUGCCUGACUAUUUUUCUGAGCCCCAGGCUAAAGACUUGGCAUGUCAUGUAACCUCAGAUCUAGCAACUAAGGGACCAUGGGACAAAAAGGUUUUUAGAACCUGGGAAAGUUCUGGAGCUACUAAUAAUAAGUCACAGAAAGAGAAACUUUCGCAUGUACUUGUUCAUGAUGUAAGAGAGAAUCACAUUGGUCGCCCUGAGAAUAAAAGUGUUGAUCAAAAGAGUGAAUUUAUGUCUGUGACUGAGAGAGAACACAAAUUGUUAACAAAUGGUUCUCUCUCAGAAAUUAAGGAAAUGACUGUAAAAUCGCCCUCCAAAAAAGUCUUAUACAGGGAAUAUGUUGUUAAAGAUGGGGAACGUCCAGGUGGAUCUCUUGAUCAACCUUCCAGGAGAAGCGAGACCUCAGCUGUAUCACACAUUCCAGUCAGAGUUGCUGAGGAGAGGCGAAUGCUGUCUUCUAAUAUUCCUGAUGGUUUUUGUGAGCAGUCAACACUUCCAAAGCAUGAACUGUCACAAAAAUUGCAGUCACGCAUGAGUAAAGAGACAGUUGAAACACAGCACUUUAAUUCUGUAGAAGAAGAAAAAGUUACCUAUUCAGAAACCAGCAAAGUUUCCAAAAAUCAAAGUUACGUAGGCUUAUGCCCGCCUCUCGAUGAAACGGAAACUUCCCCCACCAAGUCUCCUGAUUCUUUAGAGUUUAGCCCAGGAAAGGAAUCUCCCUCUAGCGAUGUGUUCGACCAUAGUGCUGUCGAUGGAUUGGAUAAAGUUGCACCACUAGCUCAGACAGAGGGAGGGAAAGAGAUAAAAUCGCUACCUGUUUAUGUGAGUUUUGUACAAGUGGGGAAGCAAUAUGAAAAGGAGAUUCAACAAGGAGGUGUAAAAAAAAUUAUCAGUCAGGAGUGUAAGACAGUGCAAGAGACCAGGGGAACCUUUUAUACCACUAGACAGCAAAAACAGCCUCCUUCUCCCCAGGGUAGUCCAGAAGAUGAUACUCUAGAGCAAGUGUCCUUUCUAGACAGCUCUGGGAAAAGCCCUUUAACCCCAGAAACUCCCAGUUCUGAAGAAGUGAGUUAUGAAUUUACAUCUAAGACUCCAGACUCGCUCAUAGCUUAUAUACCAGGCAAACCCAGCCCAAUCCCAGAGGUUUCUGAGGAAUCCGAGGAGGAGGAGCAAGCCAAGUCAAGCUCCUUAAAGCAGACGAUGGUGGAAGAGCCCACCACCAUUGAGCUCCGUGAAUUGCCCAAUGACGUGAGCAAAGACUCUAGCCAAAGACCAAAAACUAACAGAGUUGCCUAUAUUGAAUUUCCCCCUCCGCCUCCACUGGAUGCAGACCAGCUGGAGGCAGAGAAACAUCUGUAUCUCCCGGAAAAAGAGGUUGACAUGAUUGAAGUCAAUCUGCAAGACGAGCACGACAAGUACCAGCUGGCUGAGCCAGUCAUCAGAGUGCAGCCACCCUCGCCAGUUCCUCCGGGGGCGGACGUCAGUGACUCAAGUGAUGAUGAGUCUAUUUAUCAACCAGUCCCAGUUAAGAAAUAUACCUUCAAAUUGAAAGAAAUAGAUGAAGAAAAAAAAGAGAUGACCAAAGCCAAAGCUUCUGCUGAAAAGGCUUCCAACCAGAAAGAAUUGGAGACUAAUGGAUCAGGAAAAGACAAUGAAUUUGGCCUUGGCCUUGAGUCGCCUCAGAAUGAAACCGCCCAGAAUGGGAACAAUGACCAGUCCAUCACAGAGUGCUCCAUUGCUACCACGGCCGAGUUUUCUCAUGAUACAGACGCCACAGAGAUUGACUCUUUGGAUGGAUAUGACCUGCAAGAUGAGGACGAUGGUUUGACAGAGAGUGAUUCUAAACUCCCAAGCCAGACCAUGGAAAUGAAGAAAGACGUCUGGAACACAGAGGGCAUUCUGAAGUCAGCUGACCGCUCAUUUAGCCAAAGUAAACUUGAGGUCAUAGAAGAAGAGGGAAAGGUGGGGCCAGAUGAAGACAAGCCGCCUUCUAAAAGUUCUUCAUCUGAAAGGACUCCUGAUAAGACUGAUCAGAAGUCAGGGGCCCAGUUUUUCACACUAGAAGGCAGACAUCCUGACAGAUCGGUGUUUCCUGAUACUUAUUUCAGUUACAAAGUAGAUGAAGAAUUUGCCACUCCUUUUAAAACAGUUGCUACCAAAGGUCUAGAUUUUGACCCGUGGUCUAAUAACCGAGGGGACGAUGAAGUAUUUGACAGUAAAUCCCGGGAAGACGAAACUAAGCCAUUUGGUUUGGCGGUGGAAGACCGAUCUCCAGCCACUACCCCUGACACAACACCAGCCAGAACACCAACUGACGAGAGUACCCCUACUAGUGAGCCUAACCCCUUCCCAUUUCAUGAAGGAAAAAUGUUUGAGAUGACUCGCAGUGGUGCAAUUGACAUGAGCAAGAGGGAUUUUGUUGAAGAGAGGCUCCAAUUUUUCCAGAUUGGUGAGCAUACUUCUGAAGGGAAGUCAGGGGACCAGGGGGAAGGGGAUAAAAGUGUGGUCACUGACACCCUCCAACCACAGUCAGGGGACACCACUGUAGAACCCAAUCUAGAAAAGAAUGUUGAGGCACCUCCAGUGGAACCUACCUCCAGGAUCCUGCCCAGCGGAGAAUGUCAGGAAGGCACAGCCAGUAGUGGCUCCCAGGAGAAAGCCACCGCCGCCGCCACUAACACCUCGAAAGUGGAUCCCAAGUUGCGCACGCCUAUAAAAAUGGGUAUUUCUGCAUCGACCAUGACCAUGAAGAAAGAAGGCCCUGGGGAAGUUACAGAGAAGUUAGAGGCUGUGAUGGCCAGUGGUCAGGGAGGAGAGAAUGAGACUGCAGUGAUUGCAAACCCAGCCAAUAGCCAGACAAGCCCUAGGCCGCAAGAAAAACAUGAUUUCCAAAAAGAUAAUUUUAAUAACAACAACAAUUUGGAUUCUUCCACCAUGCAGACAGAUAACAUUACCAGUAAUGUAGUUCUGACAGAACACUCUGCCCCCACUUUUACCACAGACAAAGCUAAUCCCCUGAAAAACUCAUCAGGAAAAAAGACAGGGGUACUCCAAGGACACUGUGUCAGAGAGAAGCAGAAAGUUCCUGGAGAGCAGCAAAAGGCAAGAGAAUCGGUAGGAAUUAGACGAAAAUCCAAACUUCCCAUAAAGGCCACUUCACCAAAAGAUACUCACCCACCAAACCAUAUGCCAAACAUUAAAGUGAGUAAAAUGAAGCAGGUCAGUGCACCUGAGAAAACCAGAGCCCUCACUACUUCUCCCUGUGUAGAUGGAAGGUCCAGAAUUCCAGUCAAAAGCGCACACAAGGAUCCCAUAGCCUCAGUCAGAAAAACAUGUGCCACACAAAAGCAAGGGCAGUCAGAGAAAGGCAGAGCCAAACAGCUUCCAUCAAAGCUGCCAGUAAAGGUAAGAUCCACCUGUGUCACGACCACCCCCACCCCCAGCACCCCCACCUCCACCACAGUUAAAGUCAGGAAGAGUCAGCUGAAGGAAGUAUGUAAACAUUCCAUUGAAUAUUUUAAGGGAAUUAGUGGUGAGACCUUAAAGCUUGUGGAUCGUCUCUCUGAAGAAGACAAAAAGAUGCAAGCCGAGGUGUCCGAUGAGGAAGACAGUACUUCAAGAAACACGUCACUGUCCGAGACUUCCCGGGGUGGCCAGCCAUCAGUCACAACGAAGUCGGCUAGAGAUAAGAAAACAGAGGCAGCGUCUUUAAAAUCAAAGAGUGAAAAAGCCGGCAGUGAGAAAAGGAGCAGUAGGAGGACUGGUCCACAGAGUCCCUGUGAACGGACAGAUAUCAGGAUGGCAAUAGUAGCCGAUCACCUGGGACUUAGUUGGACAGAACUGGCCAGGGAAUUGAAUUUUUCAGUGGAUGAGAUCAAUCAAAUACGUGUGGAAAAUCCUAAUUCUUUAAUUUCUCAAAGCUUCAUGUUAUUGAAAAAAUGGGUCACCAGAGAUGGAAAAAAUGCUACAACUGAUGCCUUAACUUCAGUCUUGACAAAAAUUAAUCGAAUAGAUAUUGUGACUCUACUAGAAGGCCCAAUAUUUGAUUAUGGAAACAUUUCAGGCACCAGAAGUUUUGCAGAUGAGAACAAUGUUUUCCAUGACCCGGUGGAUGGUUGGCAGAAUGAGACAUCAAGUGGAAGCCUAGAGUCCCCGGCUCAAGCUCGAAGAAUCUCUGGUGGGUUACUAGACCGACUGGACGACAGCCCUGACCAGUGUAGGGAUUCCAUUACCUCAUAUCUCAAAGGAGAGCCUGGGAAAUUUGAAGCAAACGGAAGCCAUGCAGAAGUCACUCAAGACGCCAAGACAAAAUCUUACUUUUCAGAAUCACAACAGAAUGAUGUUGGAAAACAGAGUGCUAAGGAAACUCUGAAGCCAAAACCACACGGAUCUGGCCGGGUUGAGGAGCCCCCAUCACCACUAGCAGCAUAUCAGAAAUCUCUGGAAGAAACCAGCAAGCUUGUAAAUGAAGAGCCUAAACCUUGUGUGCCUGUCAGUAUGAAAAAGAUGAGUAGGACUUCUCCCGCAGAUGGCAAGCCACGGGUCAACCUCCAUGAAGAAGAGGGGUCCAGUGGCUCUGAACAAAAGCAGGGAGAAGGUUAUAAGGUGAAGACGAAGAAAGAAAUUCGGCAUGUGGAAAAGAAGAGCCAUUCAUAA